AUGAUUGAAUACGUGGUUGCUAUUGCUUUUGUCAUAGUUCUCAAAUGGUCGUGGUAAGUUGUAACAUCGCUUAUAAUAGAACUAUGAUGUUUUGAAGGGACCGGUAUCAUUUCCUCAAGUUGCGCGACGAAAUGGGGAUUCCAGGGCCUCCAGUGAGGUUUCCAUUGGGAAACAUUGAUUAUAUUAUAGAAGACAUCAAAAAAGUAAUUUUUUUGUUAAUGGUGACAAUUGAUUUAAUUACUUUGUAGUAUGGAAAAGAAGGCACAAUCAAUAUGAGAUUCAGGACAGCUGAGAAAUAUGGAUGGACGACCGGCAUAUACCUUGGAGGACAUUUUGAAAUCUCCACAAACGACCCCGAAAUCAUCAAUGAAGUUUUUAUAAAGCAGUUCUCCAAGUUUGUAAACCGACCGGUAAGUAAUUAGUUAUUGCAAUAUUCAUGUUGAUUAUUUCAGACCCAACAUUUUGGAGCUGGAUACCCGAUGAAUGAGAAUAUCCUACAAAUGACUAAGGAAGGCGUGCCCGGAAGAGGAUACGGAUGGAAAGAGGUUAGAUCUGUCAUCUCACCCAUAUUCACUACUGGUAAAUUGAAGGCUGUAAGUCCUAUAAGCCGUAGGGGAAUCGUCAAUAAAAAGUUUUCUUUAGAUGUUUCCAGUUAUGGAAGAGCGUGUUGACGAAUUUGUAAAGUUCCUCAAAUCAAGAGUGGGUUUGGGAGAAAUUGAGAUGUACAGGUAUAGAAAUGAACUCUGUUACAUUUACAUAUAUCCUAAUUAAGUCUCAUUUUGAUUAUAAUGUAAUUCUAGAGAACUCCAGGCCUUGACUUUGGAUGUGAUUGGCCGCUGUGCCUUUGGAAUGAAGACUGACUGCAUUAAUGACAAGAAUGAUGUCUUUUAUGUGAACACGCAGACCUUCUUCAACUGUCUGAACCUGGAGGAAUCUAAAGGAAUGUUCUUGGGUUUCCUUUCUCCAAAAUUGGCCCAGAUGAUUAGACCGUUUACUUUAGAGGGACGGUCUGAGAUGACAUUAAUAAAUGGACUUAAAGAAGUCAUCAAAAAUCGACGAAAGACCUUUGAAACUGAUGAUGAUCAGAGAAAAGAUUUGAUUACUUUACUUUUGGAACAAGAUCGGGAACGACAGAAAUCUCAAAAGGUAAUUUAAACAGCUGUCUUGAUCUUAUUUUUUGUAUGGAACCAGUAUGAAAUAUUUACCUUUUGAUUAUACAUAUUUAUUUUAAAUGUGUUGGCUGGGAUUCGCAUCAUGAAAUUGAAUUUACAGAAGGCCCCACUGCACGAAGAGACCAUUGCUUCCAAUUGUUAUGCAUUCCUUUUGGCCGGUUAUGAAACCACCAGCACCGCAUUAGCAUUCACAUUAUACGCCUUGGCCAAGCAUUUGGAUGUCCAACAAAACUUGUAUGAGGAGAUCAUGCAAGAAAUUGGAAUGAACGAAGAAAUCACUUAUGACGUCAUGAUGAAGAUGUCUUAUUUGGAUGCCGUCGUCAAAGAGAGCCUACGAAGAUACCCUCCAGUGGUGUUUUUCACCACCAGAGAAUGUGUGGAGGACUGUGUGAUCAAGGGGAUUAAUAUCAAAAAGGGAGUCUGCAUCCAAGCACCAGUUCACGCUAUUCAUUUUGAUCCCGAGAUAUGGACCAACCCGAUGACAUUCGAUCCAAACAGAUUCCUGAUCAGCAACAAUCAAGUGGACCCGCUGAAAUGGUGUCCUUUCGGGCUAGGACCUCGAAAUUGUGUUGGGAUGAGAUUCGCCGAAGUCGAAAUAAAGGCCGCUCUAAUCUCGCUGAUCCGAAACUUCAGCGUGGAGCUGGGAGAAGAGCUGAGGACCAAGGAAUUGCCUUGCCGAGUCAGCGCCGUCUUGUAUCGCCCAAUGGAUGGCGUUCCGUUAAAACUGAAUGUCCGCUAA